AUGGCUUCUGGACGUCGUUCUACGCGCUCGAACGGCCAUAAUCCAACUGAAGGGAGCCCUGAGAAUGAUGCUACCAAGGAUCAAAUUGAAGCAACGAAUAACGAAUCUCCUGAAACCAAACUAGCAGACGACCGUUGUCCGGCUUGUACUCCGGAAACUAUUGCCCAAUUAGAUGACGAGGUGAAUGAACAAUGGGCAAUGUGUGGUGCUUGCAAGGUCUGGUAUCAUUGGAGGUGCACGGGUGAAGGGGUUGACCUCGACACAAUCGACAAAUGGUUCUGCAAGACCUGCUUGACAACGGAUACCACGGGAAAGCGAGCGAUUACUUUCCGAGCUCCUGCUCGAAAGUCGGACAGAAAACGAACAACCAAAAACUAUGCCAACAUAGAAGCAGGUGUCAAUUCUGAUCCCAAAAGAUUUCUGAAUAUGAUGGAGGGCAAGGAAAUAAAAGAUGAUUCGUUUCGAAGAAUGGAAGGCAGUCAGGUGGGGUUGGAGUGGGUCGAGGAAAAUGAGAGCGCUAUGAAAGAGCCAAUCGUCAUUGAAAGUCCGGAGGGAUUAGGCAUGAACAUGCCAGAUGAGAAUUUCACCGUAGACGAUGUUGGGUUAUUGGUCGGAGAGAAGAAUCCAAUUGAAGUUAUCGAUGUCGCUUCCCAAGCGAACGCUCCAGGCUGGACUGUCGGGCAGUGGGUUGAAUACUACAACCUUGAGCCUCACCAGCGGGACAAGAUUUUCAAUGUCAUAUCACUGGAGAUUUCAGGCACGCUACUUGCUGACAGAAUUCUCCCUCCGCGGUUGGUUAGAGAGCUCGAUUGGGUGGAAAACUUUUGGCCUUCUACCCGGAAAGGCAAGGGGCAUACGUAUCCAAAGGUCCAGUUGUAUUGCUUGAUGGGAGUGCAAGGUGCAUGGACAGAUUGGCAUAUUGACUUUGCUGGCUCCUCUGUUUACUACCACAUCAUGCACGGCUCCAAAAUAUUUUAUUUCAUCAAACCGACAUCUGCCAACUUAGCCGCGUACGAACGGUGGUCAGGGACUGAAAUUCAGUAUAAUACAUGGCUAGGAGAUCUAGUCGAUGAGGUCGUGAAAGUUACACUGACUGCAGGAAACACGAUGAUCAUUCCAACAGGGUGGAUCCAUGCCGUGUAUACGCCUCAAGACACAUUGGUCUUCGGCGGUAACUUUCUGCAUUCCUACGAUAUUCCGACUCAGCUUAAAGUGCGGGAUAUUGAAAUUCGAACACAGGUCCCAAAAAAGUUUCGUUUUCCAAUGUUCACCAAACUUGUUUGGUAUGUGGGCGACAAAUAUAUGAAAGACCUCAAGAGUGGAAACGUACCAUCAUUCAGGAUUCUUGAUUCUUUAGCAGCGUUGGUAGAUUUUUUGCUGUCGGAAACUCGCGCGCUUGAAAGAGGAUCAGUGCAGGCCAAGAAAGAGGCAAAGGAGCAGAUACCUCAUGAUAGGGUGAAGGAUGGACCUGCACUGGCGCGAGAGUUGGCGUGGAGACUGCGACAUGCAAGCGGUAACGUCAGCGAUGAUGAGUACGCACCAAAUGGCGUUGGACAUAUGCAUAAACGCAAAAGGAUGCGGUCAGACAGCCCUCCGAAGUUCAGGAAUUUCCGACCAAAAGGAUGGGACACUGUCUUGGAAACGAAGGCAGAAUUUGAUUCCAAAACACUUCAUCUUGGAAAGAGCGAAGAGAUAAACAAAUGGAUAGAGUGGGACAAUAAUCAAGGAUCGGAAACCGAACCAGCAGUCGAAGUCAGCAGUAGGAAGAAUGUGAUCACCAAGGUACGGCGGAAAGCCGAGAAUGUCGUCGAACGCGAACGCAUUGAGCGAAUAGUAGAAGUAUGGACUUGGAAGGAUUAG